CGCUGCAGUCUGGCGGUGGGCUGGUGCGUCGAGCUGUUCCAAGCCUUUUUCCUGGUGGCGGACGAUAUCAUGGACGCCUCCCUCACCCGCCGGGGGCAGCUCUGCUGGUACAAGAAGGAGGGGGUCGGUCUGGACGCCAUCAACGACGCCUUCCUCCUCGAGUCCUCCGUCUACCGGCUGCUGAAGAAAUACUGCGGGGAGCGUCCCUACUACCUGCACCUGCUGGAGCUUUUCCUGCAGACUGCCUACCAGACCGAGCUCGGGCAGAUGCUGGACCUCAUCACCGCUCCUGUUUCCCAGGUGGAUUUGAAUCGCUUCAGCGAGCAGAGGUACAAGGCCAUCGUUAAGUACAAGACGGCGUUCUACUCCUUCUACCUGCCCGUGGCCGCUGCCAUGUACAUGACUGGUAUCGACAGUAAGGAGGAGCACGACAACGCUAAAGCGAUCUUGCUGGAGAUGGGCGAAUUCUUUCAGAUCCAGGAUGAUUACCUGGACUGCUUUGGGGACCCGGAGCUGACGGGGAAGGUGGGCACCGAUAUCCAGGACAACAAGUGCAGCUGGCUGGUGGUGGAGUCCCUGCGUCGGGUGACGCCGGAGCAGCGGCAGAUCCUGGAGGAGAACUACGGCCGUAAGGAGCCCGAGAAGGUGGCAAAGGUGAAGGAGCUCUAUGAGGCUCUGGGCAUGAGGGCUGCUUUUCAGGAGUACGAGGAGAGCAGCUAUCGGCGCCUGCAGGAACUGAUCGGAAAGCACGCCGCCCGCCUCCCCAGGGAGAUCUUUCUCGGCCUGGCUCGGAAGAUUUACAAGCGGCAGAAGUGA